AUGGCAGCUACCACAGGCUUGGGAGUAAAAUUCUCUCGAAAUUUCCGACUGUUGAAAGAGCUGGAAGAAGGCCAGAAAGGGGUAGGCCACGGCACAGUUAGCUGGGGUCUAGAGAUCGACGAAGACAUGACACUUACAAGAUGGACAGGGAUGAUGACUGGGCCUCCAAGAACCAUUUAUGAAAACCAAAUAUACAGCCUUAAAAUAGAAUGUGGGCCUAAAUACCCAGAAGCACCCCCAUCUGUAAGAUUUGUAACAAAAGUCAACGUGAGCAGCGUGAGCAGUUCAACUGGAGUGGUGGAUCCGAGGGCCACAGCAGUGCUGGCCAAGCGGCAGAAUUCCCACAGCAUCAAAGUCAUCCUCCAGGAGCUUUGGUGCUUGAUGAUGUCAAAAAAGAACAUGAAAAAGCCACCAGAAGGGCAGUGUUACAGCAAUUAG